AUGAGGAUAGGUUACAUAUUUAGGUAUCUCUUUAUUUAUUUACUUUUAAAUGACGGGGAAAAGUUUGUGAUUUCCAGUGAUCAAGAAACUUCUCUUAAAGGUUCAUCACAAUCUAACGGAUCAUUUAGUGCAGAUUCUUCUGGCUCAGUUGCUAUUCCAUCUGAGGUCGGAUUAUUCACCACUGAUGGUUCUGGUAAUUAUGUAAAUCUUGAACAAUCAAAGGUUAAGGUUGUUCAGGAUGGUGUUGAAUAUUCAUUUGAAUUUGAUAGUGAUGUCCAAUUGACUAAGGUCGAGCAUAAUUCCUCGAAAGUUUGGGAGCAUAAAGAAAAUAAGCCUUAUCCGAAAUCUGUAGCAUAUAAGAGUGACGAAACCCUAUUUGCAAUUAUUUCCGAUACCGAAAUUGUUAAUUGCAAAUUUGAAAAUAAUCAGUGGAAAUUUCAGAUAGACGUCCUAAGUCAAUCGUCACCCAAAACUUCUGUGACCAAUGUAGAAUUAAACCUGUCAGCUAGUGCUGGUACCAAUCAGUUUGAAUACAAUAGGACUGGUGAUACUGCAGAGUUUAAAGCUAAGGCUGGUCACGAAUUUACAGCAGUAAUAGGAACAUCUGGUACGGAUGGGGUUUCAGGAAGAGUUAUUUGGAAACCCAUGAACCCCAACGAGAAUGCCACAAGGGUAGUUCUCGGUGGAGUUGAUAAGAAUGAUAAAAAAUUAACGAUUCAUAAGAAGAAUAAUGAGAAAGUAGAGUUUACUAAAUCAAGCACUAAUCAUAAUUGGGAAGAAGUAGUUACCAAGGUCGAACUUGAACUUAGUAUAACUUCUUCUACAAAUGAGUUUGAUUAUGAUAAGAAAAAUGAACUCACUUCAUUUAUUGCAAAGGAUGGCUAUGGAUUCACUAAGGUUCUAAAAGCCAAAGCCACAGAUUUUAGUAGAGAAGAACAGGUUUGGGAAGCUGAUACAAGUUCUAAUAACUUCGCCAAACUUGUCAGACUAAAGUUGAACGACAAUCACAUAGUCUUGAUACUAAAUAAUGCUGAAUUUAUUCUAUUUCACAAAGUUGCUGAGGAUCAAGAUUGGAAAGAUAUAACCAAUGAUAGACACAAACUAUCGGAGCUUAAGUUCUUCACAUUUGAUCAGUCGAAAUCGCUCAAAGAACUAGAUUCGACUUAUUACAAAGUAGAGUUAAAUGGGUUUUCAUACGGUUACACAUUCAAGGAUGACUUUGAGUUACAGCAAAUUAAAUAUCAAAAUAAACUCGUUUAUAACUACCAUAGUGAUGAAGAUUUUGGUUUAUUGAAGGGACUUUAUCUUGGUUUGUCAUCAAAUAAAUUUUUCAUUACUAACUAUGAUGAUGAAAGCAAAGAGUUGGAUGUAUCUAAGGAAGUUGUAAUUAAAAGGGAAGCACCACCAGCUGAACCUGCAAAACCUGCUGAACCGAAACCGAAACCGAAACCUGAACCUGCUAAGGAACCAGCAGCUGUACCUGAGCCUGAAAAUACAAUCGAACCAGUUUCAGUAACUAUUCCUACACUCUCACCUGUAGAACUUAAAAUUAAUAAGAGUAGCGCUGAAAAUGAAUUUGAUUAUGAUGACAUUGGUGUGUACAAAACGUUCAGUUGUAGGCAAGGUUUUGGAUUCAACAAAAUAGUAAAUCCAAAAACAUUCGGUGCCGAUGAAGUUAUAUGGCAGUCUUCUGGAAACGACUAUGCAACCAAGGUUAGAUUUAAGGAAACCUCUGGUACUAAAGAAAAACAAAUUCUCCUAUUUCUUGCCAGCAUGAAAUAUGUGUUUCUCCACUCUGAUAAAGGUAAACCAUUUCAGAACGUAACUAGUGAUAGGCAUAAAUUCUAUAACCUAAAGGUUUAUACUCUCCAAAAUGAUGUUGAAAAAAUUGCAAAACCAGAUCAAUAUACUAUAUCUUUAUAUCAUAUGUCAAUUGGAUGUACAAUUAAAAAUGAAUAUCCCUGUAGUAAAAUUAUCUACGAAGAUAAAGUAGUUUAUAAAAAAGAUGAUUAUCAAGAUUUGGGACAAAUAAAGGGUGUUUAUCUAGAUCUCAUUAGAAAUAGCAUGUAUGUAAUUGGUAUUAAUGAUCAAACCAAAGUAUUGGAAGCCAUGAAAACCGCAAAAGAAUUUACACUCAAUAUAAGAAAGGAUGAAAGUACUGAUGAAUUCGAUUUCAUUCAAGAUUAUCAGAAAAAUGUUAGAAUAUUCACAGCUAGAGGUAACGCCGUUUUUACUAAAGUUAUCAGGGGUGUUAGGAUAGGUUCUGAUGAACUAAUUUGGGAGUCGAAAGACAUCAAAGUAUAUGGUACCAAAGUUGUUACUGAUGGUCUUAGUGAUUUUAAAAGGGCUAAAAAUGUAACAAUACAUCUUUCUAAUGGUGAUGUCAAACAUCUGAAUUAUUCAGAUGGAAAAUGGAUUCAGGCUUCUAACAAGAUAUCACUUGACAUUACCAAGACUGAGAGUUCCAUUGAGUUUGAUUUUUAUACUAAAGAUGAAUUUACAACAUUUACUGCAAAAGAUGUUUAUUUAUUCAAUAAAGUGAUAGAGUCAAAAACCAUUGGUACAGAGACAGUUAUUUGGGAAACCACAAAUACUAGUGAAUAUUCCAAAAAGGUAACAUUGAUGGUUACAGGUGAUGAGAAAUACAUGGGAUUGCUAAGAACAGACGAUGAUGUAAUAUUGUUACAUAAACCACCUAACAGUGAUACAUGGGACAAUAUUACCUCAAAAGUAACAAAAAUAUCCGAACUUAAGAUGUCAUAUUAUGAUCCUUCAGGCUCAUACUUCAUGUUAAAACCUGAAAAAUAUAAGGUAGCAUUUAAUAAUUUACUUUAUGGUUAUGAGUUCAAUUCUGGAGUUGAUUGUCAUCUUGUAAAAUUUGGUGAUAAACUUUUAUGGAGUCAUAGUGAUGACAAAUUUAAAAAUAUAAAGGGAGUUUAUGUCUACCUUCGUAACAACAAUUUUUUUGUUGUGGGUCCUUCAGGUGAGAAAAAAGAAAUAACUUUAAGGAGUUUGUCUUCUGGAAAAGACGAGGAAGAUGAAGAUGAUGGUGAUAAAGAGACCAAACUGAAGGAAGAUGAUCAAACGAAAGAGGAUGAUAAAUCGAAAGAGGAUCAAGAUCAAGAUGAAUCUUCAGAAUCUUCAACCUCUGUAACUUUAGUAGAACUUGACAUCACCAAGACUGAGACUACAAACGAGUAUGAUUAUGAAGAGAAAGAUGAUAAUCAUGUCUUUAAAGCUAAAACAGGUUUUAAGUUUUCGAAAGUUAAAAAAGGCACUCAUGAGCUUAAAGAUUUGUCUAGUCCUCACUCAAUCAAGAUCACUGCCAACUAUAAUCAAGCAGGAAAAAUUUUGUUAUACGUAUACAGGACUAAUAAAGACUUUGAAUUCUCACUUGUUAAUGAUCCGGACCCAUCUUCGAGUCAAGCUUCAGUUCCAUCAGAAUCUGGAACACUUUUGGCAGGCCAAUCCAAAAUUGUUUCUGAUCAAUUUAAACUUUUAACCGAGGAUGAUUCAGGUACUUCUCAAGAAUUUGAUAAGCAAAAAUUAACUACUGAACAACAACUUGAAUCCCAUUUGAUAAACUAUAAGUUUCCUCAUAAUGCCAAAUGCUCUGAAGUUACAUAUAAAAAUGCUACUGUAUGGAAACAUGAUGAAUCCAUCCAUGGAAAAAAUUAUCUAACAAAUGUAUUCUUAAAUACCAACACUAGUUUUCUCAUGGUAGAGUCUCAAGGUCGUUAUCAAUAUUAUUUUACACUUUUGAAUGAUGAGUGGAAAUGUAUUUCUGGUUACAGAUCACAUGCAUUGAAGCCUUUAUCUCUUGAUUCACUAAAAAUAUUUACUUUGAAUCAGUUUGGUUUAAUAAGUGCUGAUGACGAUACCCAGUUUACCAAGAAGGUUGAUGGAAGUGUCAUCACAUUUAAAUUUAAAACAGGGGCCAAAUGUGUAUCUGUUAAAUAUCGUGGAGAUGAAUUAUGGUCCCAUAACAAUAAAGAUCAUGAAGAACAUUAUCCAGAUACAAUCAUUGUUAAUACUAAUCAAGAAUUUCUUACCUUGGAGAGUACCAAUGUAUACCGUUAUGUAUUCAGUCAUUAUGAUGGAAAGUUUACGUGUAUUUUUGCCUACAAAUCAAGUCUUUCUCAACCGAUAGAAAAAGGAAAAUUGAAACUUUCUAAAGUUGGUAAACUAGGACUUAUGGAACCUAUUGUGUCAUCAGACUACGAAGUUAAAGAGUCAGAUACUGAAUAUAAAUUUAAGUUCAAUGAUGUUAUCUGUAAGAAGAUCAUGUAUGGAGAAGAAGUUGUUUGGAAACAUACUGAUGAUGCUAAUUUUUCAACGAUAAGGAAAUUUAGACUGGGACUUGUUACAAACAACUUCUGUGUCACGAAUUCCAAUGAUGAGACAAAGCAACUAGACAUCAAGGUUACUCUUAACCUCAAUGCACUUCAAAAGUCUGAGACCACUGAUAAGUUCGUACACACUGACGAGAAUGGUGUCGUCACAUACAGACCCAAGUCUGGCUGUAUACUAACUAAGGUCACUGAAGGUCCUAAGGAUGUUUGGACAGCCAGUGGUACUGAAUGUGCUACCCAGGUUAGGAUUAGGUCCGAUGAUCAGAAGAAAUACCUAGCCAUACUACUGGGUGAUGGUAAUUUUAAAUUCUUCCAAAAGGAAUCCGAUAACUGGAGCGAAAUCUCUGACGAUAAUCUACUUAAAGACCAUACCCCUAACUUUCCUGCUGCUAAGUCCCAAACUCAAACUUCAUCCACUAAACCUGUUGCCAAACCAGCAGUCACAUCCGCUACCAAAGUUACUCUGGACAUCUCCAAGACUCAGUCCACUAAUGAGUUCGACUUUACUGAUCAGAAUGGAGUUGUUACUUAUACUCCUAAGGAUGACCACCUGUUCUCUAAGGUAUCUCAAGGUACCACUGAUAUCUGGGAAUCUAAAAAUAAUGUCUAUGGUACUUUGUUAAUGAUUAAAUCUGAAAAUAACGUUAAAUACCUAUCCAUGCUAAUGACCAAUAAGAUGUUCAAACUAUUCAAACUUGAAAAUAAUGAAUGGCAAGAUAUAACUUCUGAUAGACUAGAUAUUACCAAACUCAAGUUCCUUGGAGAAGGUGAUACUGAACUCUCCAAGACUGAUUAUACAGUUAGUAUUGUUGAGAACUCAUAUGAAUUCAAGUUCACUUCUGAUCCAAAGUGUACCUGUAUUAAGUAUAAUGAUACCGAGGUUUGGAAACAUAGCAGUCAACAUGGAGAUAAGUUUCCAACUUCUGUUUCAUUUAACAAUCUGAAUAGAAACUAUCUUGUUGUUGAGUCAUCUAGGAGUUAUCGUAAAAUAUUUCAAUUCGAAAAUAACGAAUUUAAAUCAUUAGGUGCUAAUCAAAAAUUAAACCAUGAUCAUAAUUCCACAGGAGUCUUUGAUCCCUCCAAAUUGAAGUUCAUGACUACAGAUCAGGACACCAGUAAACUUGUUGAGCUUACACUGAGCCAAUAUACUGUACAACAACCGACACUUAUUACAUACAAAUUUAAUGAUUCUGUCAAAUGUGCUGAAGUCAGAUAUGAUGAUCUUUUAGUUUGGAAAUAUUUAAGUACUGAUCACGAAGAGGAGUUUCCAACAGCUGUUGUUUUGAACAGAGCAAAAAAUUAUAUCUUUGUAGAAUCUUCACAUUACUACAGAUAUGUCUAUUCAUAUUAUAAUAGGCGUUGGAAAGAAUUACCAUUCGGUUUUAAAACACUAAACAUUUUCUUUGAUAAAUUUAAAAUGCUCACCAAGGCCCCCACUGACUCAAAUAAACUUGUUGAACUUGACUAUAGUAAAUUUGAAAGAGUAUAUUCUUCAAAUGUCGUGACUGUUAAUUUUACUUCUGAUGUUAAGUGUACUUGUAUAAAGUAUGAUAAUAAAGACGUUUGGCAAUAUAACUAUGAUGAACAUAAAGAUAAAUUUCCAACAUCUCUCGUUCUUAACAAAAAGAAAAAAUUCUUCAUUGUGGAGUCUGGUUAUGAAUAUAGGUAUGUGUAUUCGCUGCAAAAUAAUAUUUGGAAAUUGUUACCUUAUGGUUACAAGUUAUCUGAAUCUACCAAAAUGAGACCAGCUGAUCCUACAAAAAUAAAAUUAUUCACCAUGGACAAUAACACGACUGUUCAACUUAACGAGUUAAAAUAUCAAAAAGAAGAAUCCAAUGAUCUUUUCCUUAUCAAAUUUAACCCUGAUGCUAAUUGUAAAAGUAUAAAGUAUGAUAAUACAACCGUUUGGAGUUAUGACGUUGAAGAGCAUAAAGAUAGACACCCAACAACUCUUGUUCUUAACAAAAAGAAGUAUUAUAUUACAGUUCAAUCUGGUUAUGAUUAUAGGUACUCAUAUUUGUUUUACAAUAGAAAAUGGAAUUUGUUACCAGUAAGCUAUAACCACAUACGAAGUUUUGACCAAGUUGAUCCCUCUAAGUUGAAAAUUUUCCAUUUAAACCAAAACAACAUAGUAGAAGAAAUUACUUCCUUUCCUACCAAUGAACAAGGUGAAUCCAGUAAAAGUCCUAGUAGCAAUGAUGAUAAGGGUGAUACCAGUGAAAAGAGUGAUACUAAUGAACAAGGUGAGUCUGGUGAUAAGAUUGCUACCAGUGAACAAGAUGAAUCCAGUGCUAGUGCUGAUAGCACUGAACAAAGUAGUUCCAGCAAUGGUGUAAGUAGUGAUGAUUCAGUUUCUAUUUAUAACAUUCCCGAAAAUAUGAAAUGCGUUUUAGUUAAAUAUGAUGAUAUUGAAGUCUGGAGGUAUAGUGAUAUAGAACAUCAAGAUAAGUAUCCCACAAGAGUACUUUUGUAUAAAAAUAAUGCAACCCUUAUUGUUGAGUCUUCAUCUAAUUAUGAGUAUGUAUACACAUACGAAGAUAAAAUAUGGAAACUAACCCCCUUCGGUGCAAGAUUAAAGGUUAUUGAAUCUAAUUAUGACCUAGAUAAACUAAAAUUACAUUCUGUUGACACUGAUAAUCAACAAUUUGUCCUAGAAAAUAUCAACCAUUAUAAUCUUCAACAAUCCGGAAAGUUAGCCAGGUAUACAAUGAACCAAGGAGUUAAGUGUACAGAAGUUCUAUAUGAUGAUAAAACUGUAUGGAAAUAUAACGAAGAUGAGCAUGGAGGGUAUUUCCCAACAAAUGUUACAAUGAACUUAAAUACUGGUUUUAUCACAGUUGAAUCCAAGGGUCUUUAUGAAUCAUACUUUUCAUACUAUGAUAAUAAGUGGAAUUUAGUAUAUGGUUACAAAGCGUCUUUUAGAAUCAAAUUUAAGGAAUCAGCUAAGUUAAAGUUCUACAUAACUAAUGAUGACGGGUUAUCAGAACCUACCACUCAUUUUGAUAAGGAAGUUACUGGACCAGUAAUCACCUAUAAUAUGUUCUACGGAACGAAAUGUACCCAUGUUAAGUAUGACGAAGUAUCCGUAUGGACUUAUGAUUCAGAUAAGCAUGGAGAUCAUUAUCCAACAUCAGUAUUUUUCAAUAUUAGCAAAAUGUUGAUUACGGUUCAAUCCUCUGAUCAAUAUGCCCAAUUUUUAACAUUGAUUAAUGAGGAAUGGAAACCAUUCAGUGGUUACAGAUCACAAGCUAGUGGACCAUCAGAAAUCAAGAUUUACAAAAAGGGUCGUUCUGGUGACCAGGUAUUCGUUCACUCAUCAAGGUAUACAGUAAAAUUCGACGAAAAUACAAAUGAGUAUGUUUAUAACUUAGAAAAGGCUAACUGCAAUGAAAUAAGACAUAACGGUAAUCCCGUAUUCAAACUUGAUCAAAAUGAAAGGUACCCUAAGGAAGUUUUAUGCAGCAGUGAUGUUAAAAAAAUUACUGUAAAAUUGAAAGAAAGCUAUCAUGUAUGUACAAUGGACAGUAAUGGAUGGAAAACUAUGAUUCAUAAAACUGAUGGUACGGAUCCAAAAGCUGGUCCCGAAUAUCCAUUUGUUACUAGUUCAAAACCAGCAGUUCCUACCUCCGAAGCCGCUACGGAAACGCAAUCUCCAGAAUCCGAUACCUCACAAUCAGCUUCAUCAGCUUCAGGUACUACAUCUGAAGAUUUUGAUUUGUCACAAGCUCUAGAUCCAUCACAAAAAGGGUCUCAAGUUUCAACAACUCCUAAAUCGCAAUCAGCUUCAUCAGAAUCAGGUACUACCUCUGAAGAGUUUGAUUUGUCACAAGCUCUAGAUUCUUCACAAACUAGUUCUCAAGUUUCAACAACACCUCCAACUGAAUCGCAACCACCAUCUAGUCCAACAUCUAGUUCAACUGCUGGUUUGGAUAGUGAUCCUACAUCUGGAACAUUCAUGGAAUAA